AUGUGGGCGGCGUAUGGCGGCGAUGAGAUCGUGCGCCACCGGCUUGUGAGGUCCAUGGGCAACCUGUGUAGUUCAGACGCGCCCAGCAGGACGACCGAGGCCAGCUCGGAGAAGCCCGACAAGUAUGGCCGGUCGGCGCAGCCGGCGGAGAUUCCAAACACGGAGCACAAGAUGCGCAAGGGCGUGAGCGUGCGGGAGGUGUACAAGAUUGGCAAGACCAUCGGCACCGGCGGCUUCUCCGUGGUCAAGCUGGCCACCGAGAAGGGGUCUGGGGAGCAGUGGGCAUGCAAGAUCAUGAGCCUGCCGCCGCCGGGCAAGCACUACAACGAGAACGAGUCGUCCCGCGCCGACAUCUUCAAGGAAAUCGACAUCCUUAUCGCCCUCAAGCACGACAACAUCGUGUUCAUGAAGGAGUACUUUGAGGAGGGCAACAAGGUGUACCUCAUCAUGGAGAUGCUGCAGGGAGGGGAGCUGCUGGACGCGGUGCUGGAGAAGGGCCACUACAGCGAGGCCGACGCCCGCUCCAUCUUCCUGCAAAUCAUCAAGGCCAUCCAGUACCUGCACAGCAGGGGCAUCGUGCACCGCGACCUGAAGCUGGAGAACCUGCUGCUGGUGGACAAGAGGGACAUCACGCGCAUCAAGAUUGCCGACUUUGGGCUGGCGCGGCGGUACGGCGGCCCCGGCGCACUCACCACCAUCUGCGGUACGCCGCAGUACGUCGCGCCAGAAAUCAUCAAGGCAAGCACGGCGCCGCGCCGCGCCCAGGCCUUUACUGGGGCGGCCCCGCACGCUGUGAGUCUGUACGGCCCCGAGUGCGACCUGUGGAGCGCGGGCGUGAUCCUCUUUAUCCUGCUGGGCGGCUACCCUCCCUUCUACGACGAGUCGGAACCCAAGCUGUUUGAGAAGAUCAGGAAGGGUCGGUUUGACUUCAACGACGACGUGUGGGGCGCUGUGAGCGGGGAGGCAAAGGACAUGAUCCGCCAGCUGCUGCUCGUUGACCCGGCGCAGCGGCUGACGCUGGAUGGUGUGCUGGCGCACCCGUGGUGCAAGUCCAAGGAGAGCGGCAAGCAGGAGCUGCUCAAGACCAUGACCCGCAUGCGCAGCAGCAAGGCGCAGCUGCUGCCGUCGGUGUCGCCGCCGCACGACACGGCGGCCGACCUGGGGCCGGUGAUGGAGGGUGUCAAGUCGGGAGCCAUCCUGGACCUGGAGGAGAUGAGGCUUAUGGAGGAGCUGGCAGCGGAGCAUGCGGCAGAGAUGAAGUAG